GAAGCCCAGCCGGCAGCCGCGCGCGUGGGGAAGGCCACAGUGUCGCGAGGCCGCGGCAGCGGCGGCCCCCGCGGAGCGGCGGGGUGGGUGGGAGGCCAGGGCCGCGUGGAGGCCGCGCGAUCCUCUCCGCGCGCGCUCUCGCCGGGGUCGCCGGACAAAGCUCGCCCCCCUUGCCCGGCACCCCUACAGUCGCCCUCCCAAUUACAGCGACUGCAACAAUAGGCAGGCGUUGGGGCUUUUCUGGCUGCGUGUUAACGGGUCCGACCCGAAUGUUGCGUUUUCGGCGAAGCUGCGAUCGGGGCUCAGUAGCCAAACCUCCAGAUAUGUCCGGCGUCGGCCGGACACGGGCAUUAGCGGUCCCCUUGGGCUAGCCGACCUCAAAUUGUCUUAAAAACGCGUCAUUCCAGAUUUUCAAGGAAAGGGAAAGGAGCCUCUGCUUCACAUUUUGAUGGAAGCAUCCGAGGACCUCAUCUGUGUGAUGCCCCUAGUGCGAUACCUUUCCUGUGCUAAGCAGCUGCUCAGUAAACCUGGGGAGAGAUGGAGCACCUUGAUUUCACCAGCUGAGUAGCCAGCACUUCCUGCCUGAGGCCACUGUCUGCAGCUCCCGUGAAGAUGUCCACUCCAGACCCACCCCUGGGCGGAACUCCUCGGCCGGGUCCUUCCCCGGGCCCUGGCCCUUCCCCUGGAGCCAUGCUGGGCCCUAGCCCGGGUCCCUCGCCAGGCUCUGCCCACAGCAUGAUGGGGCCCAGCCCGGGACCACCCUCAGCAGGACACCCCAUCCCCACCCAGGGGCCUGGAGGAUACCCUCAGGACAACAUGCACCAGAUGCACAAGCCCAUGGAGUCCAUGCACGAGAAGGGUAUGUCAGACGACCCGCGCUACAACCAGAUGAAAGGAAUGGGGAUGCGGUCUGGGGGCCAUGCUGGGAUGGGGCCCCCACCCAGCCCCAUGGACCAGCACUCCCAAGGUUACCCCUCGCCCCUGGGUGGCUCUGAGCAUGCCUCUAGUCCAGUUCCAGCCAGUGGCCCGUCUUCGGGCCCCCAGAUGUCUUCCGGGCCAGGAGGUGGCCCGCUGGAUGGUGCUGACCCCCAGGCCUUGGGGCAGCAGAACCGGGGCCCAACCCCAUUUAACCAGAACCAGCUGCACCAGCUCAGAGCUCAGAUCAUGGCCUACAAGAUGCUGGCCAGGGGGCAGCCCCUCCCCGACCACCUGCAGAUGGCGGUGCAGGGCAAGCGGCCAAUGCCUGGGAUGCAGCAGCAGAUGCCAACGCUACCUCCACCCUCAGUGUCCGCAACAGGACCUGGCCCUGGCCCUGGCCCUGGCCCCGGCCCGGGUCCCGGCCCGGCAACUCCAAAUUACAGCAGGCCUCAUGGUAUGGGAGGGCCCAACAUGCCUCCCCCAGGACCCUCAGGCGUGCCCCCUGGGAUGCCAGGCCAGCCUCCUGGAGGGCCUCCCAAGCCCUGGACUGAAGGACCCAUGGCGAAUGCUGCUGCCCCCACAAGUACCCCUCAGAAGCUGAUUCCCCCGCAGCCAACGGGCCGCCCUUCCCCUGCACCCCCUGCCGUCCCACCCGCUGCCUCACCCGUGAUGCCACCGCAGACCCAGUCCCCCGGGCAGCCGGCCCAGCCCGCGCCCAUGGUGCCACUGCACCAGAAGCAGAGUCGCAUCACCCCCAUCCAGAAGCCGCGGGGCCUCGACCCUGUAGAGAUCCUGCAGGAGCGUGAGUACAGGCUGCAGGCUCGCAUCGCACACCGAAUUCAGGAACUUGAAAACCUUCCCGGGUCCCUGGCCGGGGAUUUGCGAACCAAAGCGACUAUUGAGCUCAAGGCCCUCAGGCUGCUGAACUUCCAGAGGCAGCUGCGCCAGGAGGUGGUGGUGUGCAUGCGGAGGGACACAGCGCUGGAGACAGCCCUCAAUGCUAAGGCCUACAAGCGCAGCAAGCGCCAGUCCUUGCGUGAGGCCCGCAUCACCGAGAAGCUGGAGAAGCAGCAGAAGAUUGAGCAGGAGCGCAAGCGCCGGCAGAAGCACCAGGAAUACCUCAAUAGCAUUCUCCAGCAUGCCAAGGAUUUCAAGGAAUAUCACAGAUCGGUCACAGGCAAAAUCCAGAAGCUGACCAAGGCAGUGGCCACGUACCACGCCAACACGGAGCGGGAGCAGAAGAAAGAGAACGAGCGGAUCGAGAAGGAGCGCAUGCGGAGGCUCAUGGCUGAAGAUGAGGAGGGGUACCGCAAGCUCAUCGACCAGAAGAAGGACAAGCGCCUGGCCUACCUCUUGCAGCAGACAGACGAGUACGUGGCUAACCUCACGGAGCUGGUGCGGCAGCACAAGGCCGCCCAGGUCGCCAAGGAGAAAAAGAAGAAAAAGAAAAAGAAGAAGGCAGAAAAUGCAGAAGGACAGACUCCUGCCAUCGGGCCGGAUGGCGAGCCUCUGGACGAGACCAGCCAGAUGAGCGACCUCCCGGUGAAGGUGAUCCAUGUGGAGAGUGGGAAGAUCCUCACAGGCACAGAUGCCCCCAAAGCCGGGCAGCUGGAGGCCUGGCUCGAGAUGAACCCGGGGUAUGAAGUAGCUCCGAGGUCUGAUAGUGAAGAAAGUGGCUCAGAAGAAGAGGAAGAGGAGGAGGAGGAAGAGCAGCCACAGGCAGCGCAGCCUCCCACCCUGCCCGUGGAGGAGAAGAAGAAGAUUCCAGAUCCAGACAGCGAUGACGUCUCUGAGGUGGACGCGCGGCACAUCAUUGAGAAUGCCAAGCAAGAUGUCGAUGAUGAGUAUGGCGUGUCCCAGGCCCUUGCACGUGGCCUGCAGUCCUACUAUGCCGUGGCCCACGCUGUCACCGAGAGAGUGGACAAGCAGUCAGCGCUUAUGGUCAAUGGUGUCCUCAAACAGUACCAGAUCAAAGGCUUGGAGUGGCUGGUGUCCCUGUACAACAACAACCUGAACGGCAUCCUGGCCGACGAGAUGGGCCUGGGGAAGACCAUCCAGACCAUCGCGCUCAUCACGUACCUCAUGGAGCACAAACGCAUCAACGGGCCCUUCCUCAUCAUCGUGCCUCUCUCAACGCUGUCCAACUGGGCGUACGAGUUUGACAAGUGGGCCCCCUCCGUGGUGAAGGUGUCUUACAAGGGAUCCCCAGCAGCAAGACGGGCCUUUGUCCCCCAGCUCCGGAGUGGGAAGUUCAACGUCUUGCUGACGACGUACGAGUACAUCAUCAAAGACAAGCACAUUCUCGCCAAGAUCCGUUGGAAGUACAUGAUUGUGGACGAAGGUCACCGCAUGAAGAACCACCACUGCAAGCUGACGCAGGUGCUCAACACGCACUACGUGGCACCCCGCCGCCUGCUGCUGACGGGCACACCGCUGCAGAACAAGCUUCCCGAGCUCUGGGCACUGCUCAACUUCCUGCUGCCCACCAUCUUCAAGAGCUGCAGCACCUUCGAGCAGUGGUUUAAUGCACCCUUUGCCAUGACUGGGGAAAAGGUGGACCUGAAUGAGGAGGAAACCAUUCUCAUCAUCCGGCGUCUCCACAAAGUGCUGCGGCCCUUCUUGCUCCGACGACUCAAGAAGGAAGUCGAGGCCCAGUUGCCCGAAAAGGUGGAGUACGUCAUCAAGUGCGACAUGUCUGCGCUGCAGCGAGUGCUCUACCGCCACAUGCAGGCCAAGGGCGUGCUGCUGACUGACGGCUCCGAGAAGGACAAGAAGGGCAAAGGCGGCACCAAGACCUUGAUGAACACCAUCAUGCAGCUGCGGAAGAUCUGCAACCACCCCUACAUGUUCCAGCACAUCGAGGAGUCCUUUUCCGAGCACUUGGGGUUCACUGGCGGCAUCGUCCAAGGGCUGGACCUGUACCGAGCCUCGGGUAAAUUUGAGCUUCUUGAUAGAAUUCUUCCCAAACUCCGAGCAACCAACCACAAAGUGCUGCUGUUCUGCCAAAUGACCUCCCUCAUGACCAUCAUGGAAGAUUACUUUGCGUAUCGCGGCUUUAAAUACCUCAGGCUUGAUGGAACCACGAAGGCGGAGGACCGGGGCAUGCUGCUGAAAACCUUCAACGAGCCCGGCUCCGAGUACUUCAUCUUCCUGCUCAGCACCCGGGCCGGGGGGCUCGGCCUGAACCUCCAGUCGGCAGACACUGUGAUCAUUUUUGACAGCGACUGGAAUCCUCACCAGGACCUGCAAGCGCAGGACCGAGCCCACCGCAUCGGGCAGCAGAAUGAGGUGCGUGUGCUCCGCCUCUGCACGGUCAACAGCGUGGAGGAGAAGAUCCUAGCUGCGGCCAAGUACAAGCUCAAUGUGGACCAGAAGGUGAUCCAGGCCGGCAUGUUCGACCAGAAGUCCUCCAGCCACGAGCGGCGCGCCUUCCUGCAGGCCAUCCUGGAGCACGAGGAGCAGGACGAGAGCAGACACUGCAGCACGGGCAGCGGCAGUGCCAGCUUCGCCCACACUGCCCCUCCGCCAGCGGGCGUCAACCCCGACUUGGAGGAGCCACCUCUAAAGGAGGAAGACGAGGUGCCUGACGACGAGACCGUCAACCAGAUGAUCGCCCGGCACGAGGAGGAGUUUGAUCUGUUCAUGCGCAUGGACCUGGACCGCAGGCGCGAGGAGGCCCGUAACCCCAAGCGGAAGCCGCGCCUCAUGGAGGAGGACGAGCUCCCCUCGUGGAUCAUCAAGGACGACGCGGAGGUAGAGCGGCUGACCUGUGAGGAGGAGGAGGAGAAGAUGUUCGGCCGUGGUUCCCGCCACCGCAAGGAGGUGGACUACAGUGACUCACUGACGGAGAAGCAGUGGCUCAAGAAAAUUACAGGAAAAGAUAUCCAUGACACAGCCAGCAGUGUGGCACGUGGGCUACAAUUCCAGCGUGGCCUUCAGUUCUGCACACGUGCGUCAAAGCCUCUGCUUGUCGACCUGGGUGCUGGCUGUCCUAUUUUACUACUAUUGACCCUGAAGGCCAUCGAGGAGGGCACGCUGGAGGAGAUCGAAGAGGAGGUCCGGCAGAAGAAAUCGUCACGGAAGCGCAAGCGAGACAGUGACGCCGGCUCCUCCACCCCGACCACCAGCACCCGCAGCCGCGACAAGGACGACGAGAGCAAGAAGCAGAAGAAGCGCGGGCGGCCGCCUGCCGAGAAGCUCUCCCCAAACCCGCCCAACCUCACCAAGAAGAUGAAGAAGAUUGUGGAUGCCGUGAUCAAGUACAAGGACAGCAGCAGUGGACGUCAGCUCAGCGAGGUCUUCAUCCAGCUGCCCUCGCGAAAGGAGCUGCCCGAGUACUACGAGCUCAUCCGCAAGCCCGUGGACUUCAAGAAGAUAAAGGAGCGCAUCCGCAACCACAAGUACCGCAGCCUCAACGACCUAGAGAAGGACGUCAUGCUGCUGUGCCAGAACGCACAGACCUUCAACCUGGAGGGCUCCCUGAUCUAUGAAGACUCCAUCGUCUUGCAGUCAGUCUUCACCAGCGUGCGGCAGAAAAUCGAGAAGGAGGAUGACAGUGAAGGCGAGGAGAGUGAGGAGGAGGAAGAGGGCGAGGAGGAAGGCUCCGAAUCUGAAUCUCGGUCCGUCAAAGUGAAGAUCAAGCUUGGCCGAAAGGAGAAGGCACAGGACCGGCUGAAGGGCGGCCGGCGGCGGCCGAGCCGAGGGUCCCGAGCCAAGCCGGUCGUGAGUGACGACGACAGUGAGGAGGAACAAGAGGAGGACCGCUCAGGAAGUGGCAGCGAAGAAGACUGAGCUCCGACAUUCCAGUCUCGACCCCAAGCCCCUCGUUCCAGAGCCGAGACGGCAUAGGCCUUAGCAGUAACGGGUAGCAGCAGACGUAGUUUCAGACUUGGAGUAAAACUGUAUAAACAAAAGAAUCUUCCAUAUUUAUACAGCAGAGAAGCUGUAGGACUGUUUGUGACUGGCCCUGUCCUGGCAUCAGUAGCAUUUGUAACAGCAUUAACUGUCUAAAAGAGAGAGAGAGAGAAUUCCGAAUUGGGGAACACACGAUACCUGUUUUUCUUUUCCUUUGCUGGCAGUACUGUUGCGCCGCAGUUUGGAGUCACUGUAGUUAAGUGUGGAUGCAUGUGCGUCACCGUCCACUCCUCGUACUGUAUUUUAUUGGACAGGUCAGACUCGCCGGGGGCCCGGCGAGGGUAUGUCAGUGUCACUGGAUGUCAAACAGUAAUAAAUUAAACCAACAACAAAACGCA